UAAGUAAAACAGCCAUGUCACUGAGCGACCUCCCAAAGUCGGACUGGAGUUUGAAUGACUUUGAGGUUGGUAAACCACUAGGAAAAGGAAAGUUUGGCAGAGUGUAUCUGGCGCGGGAAAAGCGCACCAAGUUCAUUGUGGCGCUGAAAGUGCUGUUCAAGUCUGAGCUGAGGAAGAACCGAGUGGAACAUCAGCUGAGGAGGGAGAUUGAGAUUCAGUCUCAUCUUGAUCACGAUAACAUUCUCAGAUUAUACGGCUGGUUCCACGAUGAAACGCGGAUAUACCUGAUUCUGGAGUUUGCACCUAAAGGUGAACUGUACGGAGUACUCACUAAACUUGGUAAAUUUGACGAGAAAGUUGCUGCGAAUUAUAUUCUCCAGCUUUCCUGUGCUCUUCAACACUGUCAUCAAAACAACGUGAUUCACAGAGAUAUAAAACCAGAGAAUCUACUAAUCGGAGGUAAGCCAGGACACACGGACUGGGACGUACUGAAGAUAGCAGACUUUGGGUGGAGUGUGCAUGCGCCCAGUAACAGACGCAAGACCAUGUGUGGUACGCUGGAUUAUCUUCCUCCUGAGAUGGUUGUAGGGAAAGAGCAUGACGAUAAGGUGGGAAAUUAG